CCUGGAGAGGUAGGGAGAGGGCGGGGGGAAGGAAGAGGAGGCGGGAUCCGGGAGCUGCGCUGGCUGCGGCCUGGCACGAAGGGGGCGGCCCUGGCGGAGCUGAGACCCAGCGGCCCCCGGUGACUAUGGACCCGGCCGAGGCGGUGCUGCAGGAGAAGGCGCUCAAGUUUAUGUGCUCUAUGCCCAGGUCUCUGUGGCUGGGCUGCUCCAGCCUGGCGGACAGCAUGCCUUCGCUGCGAUGCCUGUAUAACCCAGGGACUGGCGCACUCACAGCUUUCCAGAAUUCCUCAGAGAGAGAAGACUGUAAUAAUGACGAGCCCCCUAGGAAGAUAAUACCAGAGAAGAAUUCACUUAGACAGACCUACAAUAGCUGUGCCAGACUCUGCUUAAACCAAGAAACCGUAUGUCUAGCAAGUACUGCUAUGAAGACUGAAAAUUGCGUGGCCAAAACAAAACUUGCCAAUGGCACCUCCAGCAUGAUUGUGCCCAAGCAAAGGAAACUCUCUGCAAGUUAUGAGAAGGAGAAGGAGCUGUGUGUCAAAUAUUUUGAACAGUGGUCAGAGUCUGACCAGGUGGAAUUUGUGGAGCAUCUUAUAUCCCAGAUGUGUCACUACCAGCAUGGACACAUAAACUCAUACCUCAAGCCCAUGCUACAGAGAGAUUUCAUAACUGCCUUGCCAGCUCGAGGCUUAGAUCACAUUGCUGAGAACAUUUUAUCAUACCUGGAUGCCAAAUCACUGUGUGCCGCUGAACUUGUGUGCAAAGAGUGGUACCGAGUGACAUCAGAUGGAAUGUUAUGGAAGAAACUCAUUGAGAGAAUGGUCAGGACAGACUCUCUAUGGAGAGGCCUGGCAGAACGGAGAGGAUGGGGACAGUAUUUAUUCAAAAACAAACCUCCUGAUGGGGUUGCCCCUCCAAACUCCUUUUACAGAGCACUUUAUCCUAAAAUUAUACAGGACAUUGAGACAAUAGAAUCUAACUGGCGUUGUGGAAGACACAGUUUACAGAGAAUCCAUUGCCGGAGUGAAACUAGCAAAGGAGUUUACUGUUUACAAUAUGAUGACAGAAGAUAGUAAUGGCCUUCGAGACACACUAUCAAGAUCUGGGAUAAGAACACAUUGGAAUGCAAGCGAAUCCUCACAGGACACACAGGAUCAGUCUUGUGCCUCCAGUAUGACGAGAGGGUGAUCAUAACCGGGUCUUCUGACUCCACCGUCAGAGUAUGGGAUGUAAAUACAGGUGAAAUGUUGAACACACUGAUUCACCACUGUGAAGCAGUUCUUCAUUUGCGUUUCAAUAAUGGGAUGAUGGUGACGUGCUCCAAAGACCGAUCCAUCGCUGUAUGGGACAUGGCCUCCCCCACUGACAUCACCUUGCGGAGGGUGCUAGUGGGACAUCGAGCUGCUGUCAACGUUGUGGACUUUGAUGACAAGUACAUCGUCUCCGCCUCAGGAGACAGGACUAUCAAGGUAUGGAACACGAGUACUUGUGAAUUUGUUAGGACCUUAAAUGGCCACAAGCGAGGCAUUGCCUGUCUGCAGUACAGAGAUAGGCUAGUAGUGAGCGGCUCAUCUGACAAUACUAUCAGGUUGUGGGACAUAGAGUGCGGAGCAUGUUUACGAGUUCUGGAGGGUCACGAGGAGCUAGUGCGCUGUAUUCGAUUUGAUAACAAGAGGAUAGUCAGUGGGGCCUAUGAUGGGAAAAUUAAAGUAUGGGAUCUUGUGGCUGCUCUGGACCCCCGUGCUCCUGCAGGAACUCUCUGUCUUCGGACCCUUGUGGAGCAUUCAGGAAGAGUUUUCCGACUCCAGUUUGAUGAAUUCCAGAUCGUCAGUAGUUCACAUGAUGACACAAUCCUCAUCUGGGACUUUCUAAAUGACCCAGCUGCCCCAGCCGAACCACCUCGAUCCCCUUCUCGCACAUACACCUACGUCUCCAGAUAAAUAAUCAUACAUUGACCUCAUACUUGCACAGGAUUCAUUAAAGUUGCAGUAUUUAAUGUAUCUGCCAAUGUCAGGACAAGCAACAACAAAAACAACAACUAUCCAGUUACCCAGGACUAGCUGAGAAGUGGGGCUUUCAGACUCAUGUAAGACAGAGUUGGCCUGCAGUCGACCCCAGGACGGUCUGCUCAGCACAGCUGACUGCUAAAGUGCUGCUAUCAGAAGAUGUCUUUAUCUUUGGUGAAUGAUUGGAACUUUUAAACCCCACCCCUUCCCUAUUCCUUCUCCCUUUUCCCACUGCACCUGUUUUCCCCCUCUUUGGUUGCAGGCACAGAUGACCUAUAAAUAUAUUUAGUGUUUUGCCAGAA